AUGAGCAAAGAUCAAGCACCGGCCAAAUCAUACAAAGCUGGUAACAAGAAAAAGGAGGAUGAAGAUCCAGGCAAACUCAUUAAACCUCCAGAUCAAGUGGAGCUCACUGAGGCUGAGCUGAAAGACGAAAUCACAAGGACUCUGACAGCAAAAAAUCCACAUGCUCCCGAAAAUCUUGCCCACUACAAAUUUAAUGAUGGUGCUUAUAAGGUGACCACCGUUGUAAAUCACAUGACUGUUCACUUCAUCUUGGAGGGUUGUCUUGAACAUCAAGACGUAGAUGAAUGUGAAAGUCAGACACCCACUGAGGAGCUCCCUGAAGAUGCAUCAGGAGAGGAGGGAGAAGAAUCUGAUGAGGAGGGCUCUGGUGAUGGAGGUGAGGAAGAAGAGGCUGGAGAAGAUGACAUACCAGACAGUGUUGCCUCCAAAGCAAACACUGAGGAACCAAAAUGUACAAAUCAGUUCAACUUUAUUGAAAGAGCCUCUCAAACCAUUAAUAAUCCACUUGAGGAUCGAGGAUGUCAGACUUUACCUCCUCCACGCUGCACCUACUAUGCCACUGCUUACCAGUGGGACAUAUAUGAUGUUUACAUGGCUGAGCUGCAGAAGCAAGAUAUGAUGAAAGAUGGGGACAAAUCCAAGAAGAUGAUUCUCCUUGAGACACCGAGUGAUGACAUCACCCAAGUAUCGAAGUCAGCGAAGCUGUUAGAACGGAUGGUCAAUCAGAACACGUAUAAUGAAGUAGCACAAGAUUUCAAAUACUUUGAGGAUGCGGCCGAUGAAUUUAGGGAACAGGAGGGUACUGUGCUCCCCCUUUGGAAGUUCACAUACGAUAAAGCCAAAAUGAUGUGUGUCACUGCUCUCUGCUGGAAUUUUAUUUAUCCAGAUUUUUUUGGUGUGGGAUUGGGAUCAUAUGACUUCAGUAAACAGGGCCGUGGGAUGCUUCUUUUCUACACGUUGAAGAACUCUACCUACCCCGAGUUCAUCUAUCCGACCAAUUCAGGCGUUUUGACCAUCGACAUCCAUCAGAAACAUUCCUACCUGGUAGCGGUUGGUUUCUAUGAUGGCUGCGUCUGUGUGUACAACUUGAAGAACAAGGGACAGGACCCUGAGUACAAGAGUACUGUUAACAAUGGCAAGCACACUGACCCAGUUUGGCAGGUGCGAUGGCAGAACGACAAAAGCCUCAAUUUCUUUUCACUGUCUUCUGAUGGCCGUGUUGUGUCAUGGAUCCUCAGUAAGAAUGAGCUGCUCUUCUCAGAUGCUAUCAAGCUCGCAUUGGAUUAUACUGCCCCUGAUGGCCCAGAGGGUAUUCAAAACCUCACUGCUGCUAGCGGCACAUCCUUUGACUUUCACAAACAGUUUGAGGACAUCUACAUAGUUGGCACUGAGGAGGGCAAAAUACACAAGUGCUCAAAGAAUUACUCAAACCAGUACUUAAAGACAUUUGAUGCCCACAACAUGCCAGUGGAUACGGUGAAGUGGAAUCCGUAUCAUCCAAAGGUUUUCCUCUCUUGCAGCUCAGAUUGGACUGCCAAGAUUUGGGACAUGGAUUACAGCACUCCUAUGUUCACAUUUGAACUAAAUGCAUCGGUUGGCGAUGUAGGAUGGGCGCCGUACUCCUCUACUGUUUUUGCUGCUGUAACCACAGACGGAUUGGUUCAUGUUUUUGACCUCGCCAUCAACAAGUAUCAGGCUAUUUGCCAGCAGCCAGUGGUGAAUAAAAAGAAGACCAAACUGACUCACAUUGAGUUUAACCCAAGCAAUCCUGUCAUAUUAGUGGGUGAUGACAGAGGUUCUGUUAUUAGCCUCAAACUGUCCCCUAACCUCCGCAAGAAACCAAAAGGGAAGAAGGGUCGCGACUUGGUUGAAGGUCCCGAGGCGGAAGUAGCCAAGAUGGAGAAGCUACUCAGUCUGCUGCGAGACCUUGAGCAAAGCCCAAAGUAG